AUGGAGGAGUAUAGAGGAUUUCAAGUGGGAGAUAACAACAUUGUUGAUAUUCUGCAUUUCGCUAAUGACACUAUAAUCUUGGGCAAUGGAGACAUUCAUGAUUUAUGGGGCUUGAAGUCAAUAUUAAGGGGGUUUGAGUUAAUGUCAGGUCUUAAAGUCAAUUUCGGUAAAAGUAGUAUUCUUGGUGUUAAUUUGAGCUCUAGAAUUAUCGCUAUGUCGUCAGCGUUUUUAAAUUGUGUUAUUGGUGUCAUGCCGUUUAAGUUUCUGGGUGUUAUGGUUGGUGGCAAUCCAAGGAAGGUAGGUAUGUGGAAGGAUGUGCUCAACGAUGUUAGAAGAAGACUUGAUAAGUGGCGUGGGAGGUUUUUGUCUAUGGGAGGAAGGGUGACGCUCAUUAAUUCCAUCUUGAACUCUAUACCUAUCUAUUCUCUAUCCUUUUACCAUGCCCCUAAGAAAGUCUUAAGCGAGAUAAGGCGAAUUCAAAGAAGAUUCCUUUGGGGAGUGGUGGACGGAGGUAAUCGUAUAAAUUAG